AUGGGAUUCGAUACAGUAAUAUUUGGAUUUUUGAUUGUAUUCUCAAUCACUUUAUUACCUGUUGUAAACUGUGACGGUAUGCUUACUACCAUCUUUGAUUUAAGAUUAUACUUAGUUAAUAUUUGGACAAACUUUUGUACACGUUUAGCUGAUACAAUAAACUGUCUUUUGGGAAUUUUACCACCAUAUCUUGGUGGUAAUAAUCAAAUCUGUUUAAGCUGGUAA